GAGGAUUGGUAGCCCGGAUUCCAACAAGAUCAAACUUGUGUUGGAGCGAUUGAUCCUUCCAACGGAUUAUGAUGGAGGGGUCAGUGAUGGUGAAGAAGAUGCCACUGCUUGGGCGGCGGCAGACGGUGGUGGUUCUCGCAGUGAUCUCGCCCUCCCUCUCCAGGAUGCACAGGACUUUGACAUCUCUGAAUUUGAGAAGAUCAGCAGCAAUCAGCUUCAGCCUUUAACACAUGCUGCCCCAGCUACACCUACAAAAGGUCCAACUUCGUCCAAUUCUGUUGGCUUCAGCCCCGAUGCAUCGAAAACAGAGCCUCAGGGCAGAUUCACCGGAAGUUCGGCAUCCUUUCGCGUGAGCCGACUUGAGUUGGGACCCCCAUCUGUGAAGCGCAAGUUGAACCUAGAUGAGAAGUUGCUUUACGAAGCAGAGGGCCACAUCCCAAAGAAGGCAGUGCCAAAGUCGAAGGCAGGGCCCAUGAAGAGGCCAGCCAUCAAGCGUCCACCAUCCUCUCUCCCUCCAACCAACUCUCAUGAGCCUAAUGAAGUUCCUGGUGAAGGAGCAGUUGGUCAUGCUGAUGAUGGCGAUGAACGAGGCGAUGAACCGCCCACUAAGCUGAUGUUCCGGAAGAAUGUCCACAGCAGGGCCUACAACAAGGAAAAAAUGCACAACUCAAGGGAGGCGCUGACCUCGAAACUGCGAAGGAUGCUGCCCGUUCCGCUGGUGCUGCUGCUGUGCGAGAGGCUGAGGCACAAG